GAGGUUUAGCUGCUGCAGCUUUAUUUGACUUAACAGACUUGCCUGCUACCUGGACGAGUGAGCUCGGAGGAAAGCUGUACGUUAUUAGUGUUUAUCUGCAGUUACAGUUUAUAUCAUCGGUUAUUGUGAAGAUAUCGGACAAAUGUAGCUACAAGGAAACGUUUUAGCAAGAAAAGUCCACGGAAGCCAGAGUACAGCUCUGAGAACUGGACUGAUGUGGUCUCGGUGUAAAGUAUGUGACUUAGUGGCAUCCAUUCUGUGUUGGCCUCUUACCAAGUUAGUAGUCAGCAGAAAGAGGAGCUUUGCAGUCAUCAGCUGGUGCAGAAAAAAGUCCUUCCAAUGUCUUUAGUCGAGGAUAUUCUGGAUGUGCUGCGCGUUGUCCUGGAGUACUUUGGCGUGCCUCCACACAUGCUGGUUCCAGUUUGGGACAGUCAGCUGUGCGGCCAGUAUCGCAGCAUUGUGCGGAUGAUUGGGACCAACCUCCCACUGACACCUACACCACGCGUCCACUUUCAGAUCCCUCUGCUCACUGACAGGCCACACGGCCGUGUGGACAUCACUACGGAUACACCUGCCAUCCCUUCGUUUGCUGAUGUCCUGUGGGUGUUUGAGGAUGAGGGGGAGAGCUUCGCCAAGACCAGGAACCAUUUACCUCCAAAGAAGCAAAGCACCGUAAAUCGGGAUGUGGUGAGAUACCCAGGGCCGGCCCAGAAUAACGCACAGAGAGGAGGCAGAUCUGCGAGGCAGAGAACUGAGCCAGAUGCCCUGAAGAAGAUCACAGCGCUGGAGAACGAGCUGCUCAAACUACAAGCUCAGAUAGCCAUGAUCGUUACUGCCGCUCCAGCCUCAGGUCUGACAGAUUCCCAGAAUACUGUAGGUAUGCUUUUGAUGUCUCCUCCCCCACGGCCAGCUCUCACCUCCACACCUCGCUGUGCUCCUCCUCCACCUCCUCCUCCUCCCUGCCCUGGCUCCUCCGCUAAGACUUCGUCUCUAUUAGAGCUGAUCCGCGAGCGCAGGAAGAACGACAAACACCUUGACAAUGGUCAGCUCAAACCCCAGGAUUCAGACGUUAAAGGGAUCCCGUCCAUGCUGGAUGUUCUCAAGAACUUAAAUCAAGUUAAAUUGCGUUCAGUGGCAAGAUCCCCAGGGGGGACACCAGUCGGAAGGAGACACAGUAAGGGAGGCGCAGCAUUGCUUAAUGACCCAGCGGCUCUUAUCGCUGAGGCGCUAAAGCGAAAGUUCGCCCAGCAUCGUCACAACAACUCCUCCGACAAAGAGAACUCACUAGAACUCUCGCCGUUUGGCAGUCCAGAAACACCCAAGGUUCCUCUCCAUGUCAGACGCAGUAAGGGGCGCCUCCACGUCUGACCUCUUUGAUCUGACCCCAAAAUGUCAAAAGUCAGACAUCCCAUCAGCCAAUUACAGCACUCACGGAUGUGCCUCACAAACGGAUUAGUACUGCAGCUACUGUCUUACAUUUCAUUUUUAUUUUUGUUUGUCUGUUCUUUUGUUCUUGUAGGAGUGUUUGUCUCACAAUGAACAAAGUGCUUGUUUCUGUUACGUAUCUCUUCGUUGGGAGGCUUGAAUGUAUAUUUGUGUUACAGUGAUUGCUGUGAAGGGUUUUGGUACAGAUAUUUUGUUUUUGUACAGUGGAGUCUUGUUUCCAGUGUUAAUCAUUUAUCGAUGAUCUUUUUAAAUGCAAUAAUGUGUUAAAGCGGGCAUGCACUGAAGCUUUUAGCUACCUGUUUAAUGUCUUUUUAGGUAAGACUUAAAUAAAUAUAAAACUAA